AUGGGAUAAAUAUAUCUAUACAGUCAUCAUAUGCUUUAUUAAUAUUACAUUUGGUAUGGGUUUAUCAUCAUUUGGACCCUCAUUUGUAGACUUAAAAUACAUAUUAAACACAUCUAUGGAAAAGAUAUCGUUGUUUUCAUUUUUCUUAAGCGUUGGAUAUCUAAUCGGCUCAUUGUUCGGCAUACUUUAUAAGUACAUCAAUCGACAACUGGUUAUCAUUGCACUGGUAUCGUGUAUGUCAGGCGCCUGUAUCUCAAUACCAAACAGCGGCAACGUUUGGGUGCUCUAUGUUUGCGCAUUUUUGGUGGGCACGAGCGCCGGUGCCUGGAGUAAUGCAAAAACUGUAUGGCUUAUCGAGAUUUGGCAAAAACGCAACGCACCUGUAAUGCACCUGUGCUCGUUUCUGUACGGCAUCGGUACCAUAAUUGGACCUUUAAUUGAUAAACAAUUUGUUACUGGUGAACCGCACCGGUACCUGGAUACUAAUGCCACGACAGCUAGUACAACUACUGCUACUACCGGUGCUCAGUUAGCCGGUGUCCCUGAAAUCAAUGUCAAUAGCAAUGACAGCGACGACAGACAGUCUAAGUUGAUGAUACCUUUCCUAAUCAUUGGUAUUCUGCAAAUAGUUGGUGCUAUACUGAUGUUACUUAUGUACAUUUGCCGCAAAUACGAGAACCGAAAUCAUAUGAUCAGUGAAAAUCAGUCAAAUGCCAGUAACGAGAUAGUCGUACGCAAGUUGUUUGAAAAGGAGACCCACCCGUGUAAUACACCGGCCUCACCGUAUACACCGGUGCUUAUGAUGAGCGAAGCGGCCAUCGAUCACGAACAACGAGAACCGGUCGACGAGGAACUGGUGAUCAACAAUACUGUCGAUCACUUGGAGAUCAAACCGAUGACCGCAUGUAUAGAUAACGGCAGUACACCGUAUAAGUCAACUACUUCUCCACAAACAACAAUCACCACAUAUUAUACACAAAACAGACAACGAGUACUAUUGAUAGGCUUUGUAUCGGCACUGUUAGCCUUUCAGUUGUCCUCUGAGAUUAUAUACAUGCAGUUUUCGGCCACAUAUUUCCAGUACAUACCACUCAAAUUAAGCGCUCAGACAUCGGCCACAUUGAUGUCAUCGAUGGCCCUAACCUUUACAGUGGGUCGCGGUAUCAACAUAUUUGUGUCGAUGAAGUUACGGCCCCAACAAAUCAUUGUAGUACACUUAACCAUAACCGUAUUGGGUCUCGGUGUUGUCCAUUUUGGCCAGUCUUGUCUAACGAUGCUAUGGACGGGUGCAAUGAUCAUGAGUUACGGUCUAUCGCCUAUCAUAUGCAGUAUCUAUUGUUAUUUAGCUCAAUAUAUGGACGUAAAGAAUCGUAUCGGUACUGUCCUAUUGUUUUCGGCCGAAACAUUAAAUAUGUUUAUACCGUUCCUUAUGGGACUGUUCAUCGAGAAAUAUCCACAAAUUUUUACAUACAUUAUGUUUAGUAAUAUAGCGUUAAGUAGUGGCGUAUUUGUGAUCAUAUUAUUGAUAGUUUUUAAAACAGAGAAACGGAAGCGACAAAUGACCACAAAUUUUUUGACAACUUUAUAAUACCGGUGCUAUUGAGUU